CUUCCUCUAUUGAAGAUGGCCAAUGCCUUUCAGAGCCCGUUUCCAACCUAUCCUGCAACUCUCCGACACCUGAGAUAAUGGGAAAUCCUCGAUCUCCCGUUUCGUCCAUUGAAGAUGGUGGAAUGGACCUUAUCGUCAGCCCAGAAACCGGUCCUAUCCAGUUGAUCCAGUCCACGAACCACUCCGAGUUGGUUUCUAGCACCUUCAAUUUCGACAGUUCCGAUCUUACCCUGCGCGCUGAAGAAGACGGUCACCGGGUGCUAUUUCGUAUCCAUCGUGUCAUGCUGGUCGAACUCGAAGGCGGUUUCAAGGAUCUCAUUCUUGCGUACGACACCCUGGAAUGUGGUCGCGUUUCUGUCAUCCCCAUUCCCGUCAACCCGAUUGUUGUGAAUUUUCUGCUUCAGUGCAUAUAUCCGAUGCCUGAUCCAAAGGUCCAAUCUCUCAACCUGUGGCACGAAUGCUAUGUUGCUGCGAAGCUAUAUGGCGUCCGUGCUGCUGUCACCUCUCUUCGAGCCCAGUUUGACGCCUUCAUACACCCAGCUCCUCUCCGCGCGUUCGCCAUUGCUGCCAGUGUCAAUCUUGAUGACGAACUCGACAGUGCUGCCCGCCAGACCUUCGGUGUGGAUCGCAUGUCCAACUCGGGGCAAAUCGAAGAAUUCAGGCAUAUGCCAAGCUCGUAUCUGAUCGCCCUCCUACACCUGCAUGCGGCUAGGGACAGGCUCGUUCGCGAUUGGGCUGCCCAACUGGUGCCGAUAAUUCCCAGAUGUGCAGAAUGUCAGAAUGUGCACUGGACAGAGAACUGGAUUACCCUGCUCCGCGCGGAGCUUGCCACAAAUAUUCGAAUUCCACUGGAGGAACUGUUCAGAAUCGAUUUGAUCAGCGUGGCCUGCUUCCAAACCGUUUCCACGCCUUGCUCAUCAUGCCCCGUCCCUCCGAACGGAGAGGAUAUCAAUGUUUGGGCCGAUCAACUGAUUACUUCUCUUAACAAUGAACUUAAUAGCAUGUCUAUCGUCCAAUUCAAUCGCUGAACCUCCAAACGUACACCUUGAUUUGUCAUCCAUCUCCAUACAUCACAACGUCUUCAUCGCCAUCGUUCACU